CGAGUUAGGUUACGAGAAGUACUCUCCACUCGAUUAGGUCGCGACUUUGGCUCCAACACGCGACACGAGCCGUCUUCCUUCCCGAAACCUUCCGAUCACGCCCCUUCGGCGUCGUCCUCCACCGCCGCCUCCUCCUCUUCUCCUUUCUCUCUGAGGCCGUCGUCUUCGUUUCCCCCACUUCUUCCUAUCGUUGGUUGCUCGCGGCCUCCCUUCGCCGUUCGCUGCUCCGUCGCUUCCUCUCUCCAUCCGUCGCAUCCCCUCCACGUCUCUCGCUAUAGUAGACGGCUGGCUCCCUUCUUCCCACCCCCAGAGCUCUUCACAACUUCUGCGGCUUGUACAGAGCACAUGGAAGACGAGACGGAGCAAGGUAGGGCAUCUCAGGAGAACACGACCAUGGCUAUCGUUGUCAUACAAGAUGGGAACAAAUGCGACUUAGAUGCCAGCCCGAAAGGGAAGGAUGUAGUUGAACAACCCUCUGCCGGAAUGAUGUUCAAGUGUAUAGAUGAAUUGUACGAGUACUACAAAACAUAUGGCAACCAAGUAGGUUUUCCGGUGUUCAAAAAGUCGACCAAAAAUGAUAAGCAAGGGAGGUUGCACUUUGUCACGCUUUCGUGUGGUCGUGGUGGGAAGUCGAGGUGCAAACGAGAAAAGUCGGUGAACCCAAGCUUGACGAUGAAGAUAGAGUGCAAUGCUAAGCUUAAUGCGAGAGUGUAUGAUGAUGGGGUUGUGCGAGUGACUUCUGUUUUCCUUGAGCAUAACCAUGAAUUGAGUCCGACGAGGGCAAGGUAUCUUCCACGUCGGAGGAGUGUUAGUACCAGUAUCAAAAGGCGACGAGAGAAAAUUGAUCAAGUUGAUGGUAGUGUCGCGGAGCCUAUUGCUUCUGCUGCUGAAUAUGGAGAGCAUGAAAAUGAACCUUCCUUGGAGAAGGUUUGUCAGAAUUAUAUCGACAACAUUGACAAAGCAAGGAAGCUGUGUCUUGGUGUCGGAGAUGCUGGAGCAAUUUGCAACUAUUUCAAUAGAAUGCAAGAGCAGAAUUCAAAUUUUUAUUAUUCCAUGGAUUUUAAUGAAGAGGGUCAUAUUAGAAAUAUUUUCUGGGCAGAUGAGAGGAGUCGAGUGGCUUACAAGUCAUUUAAUGAUGUUGUUACUUUUGAUACGACUUACCUGACAAACAAACACGAUAUGCCGUAUGUUACCUUUGUCGGGGUUAAUCAUCAUGGUCUACCUAUACUCUUCGGUUGUGGGCUAGUAUCCGGUGAGGAUACUGAAACAUAUGUGUGGUUCUUGACGCAGUGGCUUGCUUGCAUGUGUGGUAAUGCACCAAAGGCUAUAAUUACCGAUCAGGAUAUGGCCAUGCGAAAGGCAAUUGAGAUUGUCUUCCCAGAGAUUCGACAUCGAUGGUGUUUAUGGCAUAUAAUGAAGAAAAUUUCUGGAAAAUUAAGCUGGCAUUCUAACUAUGAACUGAUAAAGACCACCUUGAUGCAUGUUGUAUAUGAUUCGAUGAGCAAAGAAGAAUUUGAUUUCAAUUGGGACCAAAUGAUUCAGAAGUAUAGUCUUCAAUCCAAUGCAUGGUUGAGUACAUUGUACGACAACCAUCAUCGUUGGGUUCCGGUUUAUGUGAAAGACAGCUUUUGGGCAGGAAUGUCAACAACACAGAGAAGUGAAAGUGUGCAUGCAUUCUUUGAGGGCUAUGUAAACUCAAAAACCACAAUAAAGCAGUUUGUGGAACGGUACGAUAAGGCACUAAAGAUCAAGGUUGAGAAAGAAUUGCAAGAAGAUUUGAACUCGUUCAACUAUUGUUGUACCUGUGUAAGUCACUACAAUAUCGAGAAACAAUUUCAACAAGCAUACACCAACAAUAAAUUUAAAGAAAUUCAAGAGGAGUUCAAGGGGAAAAUGUUUUGUUAUGUCCAUUCCAUGAAAGAAGAAGACGACUUUGGUGUGUAUGAGGUUAUAGAAGACAUGGUGUUCGAUAACGGCUCGAGUAACCAAAAGGUCUGUUUCACUGUUUACUUCAAGCAGGCAGAGUUUGAUGUGAGAUGCAGUUGUCGUUUAUUUGAGUUUCAAGGAAUUUUAUGUCGGCAUAUCAUUACUCUACUCACGGUGAAAGGUGUGUUCUCGGUGCCACAGAAGUUCAUUCUUCCAAGGUGGAGGAAGGACUUGAGAAGGGAGCACACAAAAGUAAAAGUCAGCUAUAAUAACUGGAACACAACUCCAGAGAUGCAACGAUAUGAUUUAAUAUCCAAAAAGUCUGCUGUGUUUGGAGACUUUGGUUGCACAUCCGAAGAGAAUACACAAAUUGUUUUGGAUUUCGUCGAACAGUUUAGGCAAAACUUUAACAUUUCUGACCCACUGGAUGGGAGUGGUCAACCUAUUUUUUCAGUUGGCGGGAGUGGUCAACCUUUUCAAUGAUCCAGUAUUAUGCAUGAUCACUAGGACAUUCCGAUUACCAAUCGGCAUUUUGUUUAUGGCCUUCUCAGUAUCAUUCAAUGUGAAGUUUCAAAGUUUGCUUUUUGUAAGCCACGAACAGGCGAUCAGAAAUGUCAUGUCGAACUAUGUCGGAAGUUAGUUAACGUCAAUGUUCGAGAGGUGUGAAGUCAAGGAGCACAUGAUUUGCCAUCAAUGAAGCUUUGCACAUUCACUAUUGUACAUUUUCCAUGAAAGACAUGAAGCUUUGCACAUUCACUGUUGUUCGAUUUCCAUGGAAGACAUGACGUCGAUGAACUUUAUGAUUCUAGUUGUAGUCUCUGUUAUCGAUGUUGUACUUCACACUACCAUUAUAAUUCUAUCAUGUUGUCUUUGCAGAAA